AUGGCUAGACCCCAACAACGCUAUCGAGGUGUCCGCCAGAGGCAUUGGGGCUCUUGGGUCUCUGAAAUUCGCCACCCUCUUUUGAAGACUAGAAUAUGGCUAGGAACGUUUGAAACAGCAGAAGAUGCAGCAAGAGCGUACGAUGAAGCAGCAAGGCUCAUGUGUGGUCCAAAAGCACGCACCAAUUUCCCAUACAAUCCCAAUGAGCCACAAUCAUCUUCAUCCAAACUCCUCUCAGCAGCUCUCACCGCUAAGCUACACAAGUGUCACAUGGCUUCCCUUUCCCUUCAAAUGACAAAGCAGAAAGCAUCACAGAAAGAGCCUGAGGAAGCACAAGGUUCAUCCAACCCUUAUGCCUCAGGCAGUGCCAUUGUGGGAACAAGCUCAGACACUAGCUUUAGAUGGCCAGAGAAUAGACAGUGGCUAGAAGGGAACUGGGUUGGCGAUGAAGGCCAAGUUGACGUGGCAGAUCAGCAACAACAAUUUCAGCCAGUUCUUGAAGAUGCUCACAUAGAACAGAUGAUACAAGAGUUGCUUGAUUAUGGGUCAAUUGAACUUAGUUCAGUAGACUCAGCUUAA